AUGUCAAAUCAACCACAUAAAAAUUUCAAAAUCAUGGAUGAUAUUAAAUUGAGUGAAGUGAAAAGUACCGAGUUGAAAGCAUUGAUGAAUAGAAACAUCUCGAGUGUUGAUAUCAAGUAUUUGUAUAAAUACAUCUUCCCAUUGAUUCAAAUCAUCAUAAUCAACAAAGAAGAUUACAUCAAUUUCCAGAGACAUUUCAGUGAUAUUUUGAAGUUUAUUGAACAAAAUGUUGUCAUUUAUCUAGAACAAAAAGAGGAAUGUAUAGAAGAAGAAAGACCGAUAUUCACACAAAAUGAAGUGAGAGGAGAGUACAAGUAUUUGUUUGAUUCAAUCGUUCCAGUCAAUGAGUUAAAUGAGUGUGACACAGUCAAUAUGAAUGAAUUGAUUCAGAAUGAGUUAAAUGAAAAUCAUAGAUAUAUCUAUGAGAUUCAGAAGUACAUCCAAUUACCAAGUGAGAAAGAGAUUAAUCUUCAUAAUCCAGAAAGACUGAAGAGGAAGAAACAUGAAGAAUACGAGUAA